AUGUUGUUUCCGAAUUUAAUUUUCAACAUUUUCAUUCAUUACAUAUGCCAUGUCAGAGGAGUCCGCUAUGAACAUCCUCUGCUAGUGCGGGCCUCUCAUGCACAGCAGAAGCAUCCAUCUAGGGCAGCACCGGUGGUAGGACAGGAGACCAUAUCAUCAUAUAAUAUUCAACCGUAUUCAGCAAAACAGUAUGGUCCUGCACCUCGUCAAAGUCCUCAAAGGCUACCUUCUUCAUACCCAUCCCAAUUUUAUUCGCCAGAUUACAAAGCUUACUAUUCCCAAAACUACCCAUCUAGUUACUAUCAAUCAUAUCCGAAACCUCCCGAACCGAUUCCAGUUCCAGUACAAAGGCAAGAAAUUGUAAGACAAAAUCCUGUAAUUGAAUCACAAUUCGCAGCACCAAGUCCUGUGUCAAAAUUCGAAACCCUUAAAAAAUGUUCAGGCAAAAUAGACUCGCAGGUCUUGAACAAUUUAGCAAUUGCAUUACAGCUGUUAAUCGUAAACAACAUUAUAAAUAAUCCUCCAGAAUCUCUAGAUUUUACACCUAUCAGCGAAACUAUUAUGGAAAUAGCAUUUCCAAGUGGAAAGUAUGCCAAUAGUUUUGAAGCAGUGCAAGUGCCAAAUUCAAAAUUUUUAGGCUCAUCUAGUUUUGGUCAGGAUAUAAUCUCGUCAUCUAUGCUUGGUUCCUAUGGACUCACAAGUCCACCGUCACCACGAGCUGGUCUAAAUUUAAUGUCACCAUACGAUGCCAUAGCAAAAAGUACACCGAUUUCUGAAUCACUUUUAUCAUCUUUCGUAGCUAAAAAUGAUUUUCAAAGUCCUUACGCAGCUAUAAUGGCUGCUGACAACAAUAAAGACUUAUUUUCGAUUUCUGAAUUAUUUUCG